GGUGCUUCCUUACUACUCACCUUGCACUCGGAAAAAACACGUUUAAAAGGUCGUGCGGUGUCAGGUUCUGGUGGGCAGGGAGACUAGAGCGGGAAGGCCGGGCCGUGUCCCCAAAAGCGGCGUCAGGAGGGUCCAGGUCUUCGGGAGGCGCGCUCCGGACGUCGCCGGGGGCGGGGCCAGGGGCGGAGCCUGGCCUCGUUGUGGAGCGGCUCGUAAUCCAUCAUGGCGGUCGCGGGGGUCGGUGUUCGUCCCUGAGCAGCGCUGGAGCCGGAGCCGGUUCCCGGGUCUUGCGGCUGAGGAACCCCUCCGUUGUCCACGGCCCCUACCUGCGGGGGGAGGCUGGGUCCUGCGGCGGAGCUCGAGGGAUGUGACUGCCCGGCGGCGGCGGCGACGUCCGGGGCCGGGGGAGGGGGUGUCUCGGGCAGAGACCCCCGGGCUCGGGGCAGCUGAGGCGGCCGGGCCUCCUCCCCCUUCCACCGCCUCCCGCUUUCGGAGCCGCGAGAGUCCUUCGUCCCUUACAGCCCCGCCUCGGCUCUGGGACCCUGGGGGUGGUCUCUUGUUUCCCCCAGACCUGAGACACCCGGUUUCCUGAGGCGUGGAGGAGCGUCGCCCCCGAGUAAGCCGCCCGUGCCGCGCCCCGGCAGCUUCCCUCUUACCUUCGAGCCGGCCCUCUCUCCGAUUCCCGGCCCCAAGUUUGUCCUCGGAGCCCCCCAUUCAAAUCCCCUCCCUGCUGUCAAGUGGCCUCCUCUUUAUCCCCAGGUUGCUCCCAGGAACCUCUAAUGCCCUGACUUCUCCCAAUGUCACCUACGGCCCCCCUAGUCUCAGCCCUGCCAAAAACUUUAAUGCAAAGGAAAAGUCUGGACUCGUUUCACAGGCCUUUUAAAAAGCGGACUUAAAAGUUGCUGGCAAUGCAUUCCUUCUCGUCAGAGUCGAGGGCAAGCUCUCGCUGAAGCCUGGGUGACCCGUGUUCUUUUCCGGAGAGCAGGCUAGAAGGAGCAGGAGCGGCAGCUAGUUCGGCAGGAAAUUUGUCGGAAGAUGAAGAAAGUGGGGGGUGGGUGACUUCCACAGGAAAAGUCCUGGAAAAGCAUCCAAAGGCGUUCAACAUUUUCUUUACGUGUGGGAAUCAAAAUGACUUCAGUAUUCCUGACCCUUUUACAGCAUCCCCUGUGAACAUUCCUUGUUUAGGUUUUUUCUCCUUGAAAGGAGAGAAACUGUCAUUCAGCCAGUAAAAGACACUUAAAAUCAAGGAACUUUUGAGUAACAUUGCAAUUACAUUACUUCAAAUCGAUAAACUGCGAAAAUAAUCGGAACUCCUGUUUACACGUGUCAGCCUGCAAACGGCUUUCUGUUGCUCUCUAUGGAAGGUGUAUUUUUUUGUGUGUGAUUGACCUCCAUUACUGACUUGUGGAGAUGCGGUGAAUGUGAAAUCCCACAUACACGUUUUAUAUACAAUUGCCCUCCUAAGCUCACAGACCAUUCUGAAAGAUCUUGAACCCUCUUCUGGAAAGGGGUGCCUAUCGUUACUUUAUGGGGCAACAGCCUGGAAAAGUUCUUGGGGACCAACGAAGGCCAAGCUUGCCUGCCCUGCACUUUAUCAAAGGAGCAGGGAAGAAGGAGUCAUCGAGGCACGGGGGCCCACACUGCAAUGUGUUUGUGGAACACGAAGCCCUCCAAAGGCCAGUAGCAUCUGACUUCGAGUCCCAAGGUCUGAGCGAAGCGGCUCGUUGGAACUCCAAGGAAAACCUUCUCGCUGGUCCCAGUGAAAAUGACCCCAACCUUUUCGUUGCGCUGUAUGAUUUUGUGGCCAGUGGGGAUAACACUCUCAGCAUAACUAAAGGUGAAAAGCUCCGGGUCUUAGGCUACAAUCACAAUGGGGAAUGGUGUGAAGCCCAGACCAAAAAUGGCCAAGGGUGGGUUCCAAGCAACUACAUCACGCCCGUCAACAGCCUGGAGAAACACUCCUGGUACCACGGGCCCGUGUCCCGCAACGCCGCCGAGUACCUGCUGAGCAGCGGGAUCAACGGCAGCUUCUUGGUGCGGGAGAGCGAGAGCAGUCCUGGGCAGAGGUCCAUCUCGCUGAGAUACGAAGGGAGGGUGUACCACUACAGAAUCAACACAGCUUCUGAUGGCAAGCUCUACGUCUCUUCAGAGAGCCGCUUCAACACUUUGGCCGAGUUGGUUCAUCAUCACUCAACUGUGGCAGACGGGCUCAUCACCACUCUCCACUAUCCAGCCCCCAAGCGCAACAAGCCCACCGUCUAUGGCGUGUCCCCCAACUACGACAAGUGGGAGAUGGAGCGCACGGACAUCACCAUGAAGCACAAGCUGGGAGGAGGCCAGUACGGGGAGGUGUAUGAAGGCGUGUGGAAGAAAUACAGCCUGACGGUGGCCGUGAAGACCUUGAAGGAGGACACCAUGGAGGUGGAAGAGUUUUUGAAAGAAGCUGCAGUAAUGAAAGAGAUCAAGCAUCCUAAUCUAGUGCAGUUACUUGGGGUCUGCACCCGGGAGCCCCCGUUCUAUAUAAUCACUGAGUUCAUGACCUAUGGGAACCUGCUGGACUACCUGCGGGAGUGUAACCGGCAGGAGGUGAAUGCUGUGGUGCUGCUGUACAUGGCCACUCAGAUCUCAUCAGCCAUGGAGUACCUGGAGAAGAAAAACUUCAUCCACAGAGACCUUGCUGCCCGAAACUGCCUGGUAGGGGAAAACCACUUGGUGAAGGUGGCUGAUUUCGGCCUGAGCAGGUUAAUGACAGGGGAUACCUACACAGCCCACGCCGGGGCCAAGUUCCCCAUCAAGUGGACUGCGCCUGAAAGCCUGGCCUACAACAAGUUCUCCAUCAAGUCCGACGUCUGGGCAUUUGGAGUGUUGCUUUGGGAAAUUGCUACCUAUGGCAUGUCACCUUACCCGGGAAUUGACCUGUCCCAGGUGUAUGAGCUGCUAGAGAAAGACUAUCGCAUGGAGCGCCCGGAAGGCUGCCCGGAGAAGGUCUACGAACUCAUGCGAGCAUGUUGGCAGUGGAAUCCCUCUGACCGGCCCUCCUUUGCUGAAAUCCACCAAGCCUUUGAAACUAUGUUCCAGGAAUCCAGCAUAUCAGAUGAAGUGGAAAAGGAGCUGGGGAAAAAAGGCAUGCGAGGGGUUGCAAGCACUCUGCUGCAGGCCCCGGAGCUGCCCACCAAGACGAGAACCUCCAGGAGGGCCGUGGAACACAAAGACCCCACCGAUGUGCCCGAGACACCCCACUCCAAGGGCCCAGGAGAGCCUGACCCCCUGGACCACGAGCCUGCUGUGUCUCCACUGCUCCCUCGAAAAGAGCGAGGUCCCCAGGAUGGUGGCCUCAAUGAAGAUGAACGCCUUCUCCCCAAAGACAAAAAGACCAACUUGUUUAGCGCCUUGAUCAAGAAGAAGAAGAAAACGGCCCCAACCCCUCCCAAACGCAGCAGCUCCUUCCGGGAAAUGGACGGCCAGCCAGAGCGCAAGGUGGCGGGUGAGGAAGAGAGCCGCGAAAUCAGCAAUGGGGCGCUAUCCCUUGCACCUUCAGACACAGCCGAGCCAGCCAAGUCCCCAAAGCCCAGCAGCGGUGCUGGCGUCCCCAACGGAGCCUUCCGGGAGCCAGGGGGCCCAGGCUUCCGGUCUCCCCACCUGUGGAAAAAGUCCAGCACACUGACCAGCAGCCGAUUAGCAGCCGGCGAGGAGGAGAGUGGCGGCGGCUCCAGCAAGCGCUUCCUGAGAUCCUGCUCUGCGUCCUGCGUGCCCCACGGGGCCAAGGACACAGAGUGGAAAUCUGUCACGCUGCCGCGGGAUCUGCAGUCCACAGGGAGGCAGUUUGACUCGUCCACAUUUGGAGGGCACAGGAGUGAGAAGCCAGCUCUGCCACGGAAGCGUGCAAGUGAGAACAGGUCUGACCAAGUGACCAGGGGCACGGUGACGCCGCCGCCCAGGCUGGUGAAAAAGACGGAGGAAGCGGCUGACGAUGUCUUCAAAGACACAGCCGAGUCCAGCCCCGGCUCCAGCCCUCCCAGCCUGACUCCUAAACUCCUCCGUAGGCAGGUUGUGGCAGCUGCUCCCUCAGGUCUUCCCCACAAGGAGGAGGCCGGGAAGUCCAGUGCCAUCGGGACAGCUGCCGCAGCGGAGUUGGUGCUCCCCACCAGCAGAGUGGGGCCAGGUGCCUCGGGAGGGACCAGCAAGGGCCCUGCUGAGGAGCCCAGAAUGAGGAGACACAAGCCCUCCUCCGAGUCCCCAGGGAGAGACAAGGGCAAGUUGUCCAAGCUCAAACCUGCUCCCCCGCCCCCCCCACCAGCCCCCAUCGGGAAAGGGGGGAAGCCCUCUCAGAGCCCGAGCCAGGAAGCAGCUGGGGAGGCAGGCGCCAGCGGGAAGGCGAAAUCCCUGGCUGUGGUUGUGGAUGCUGCCAACAGUGACGCUGCCAAACCCAGCCAGCUGGGAGAGGGCGUCAAAAAGCCCGCGCUCCCAUCCAUGCCAAAGCCACAGCCAUCCACCAAGCCGGCGGGGACCCCGACCAGCCCAGCCCCCACUGCCUCCGCACUGCCAUCAGCAUCCUCAGCCCUGGCGGCGGACCAGCCGUCCUCCACCGCCUUCAUCCCACUCAUAUCGACCCGCGUAUCUCUUCGGAAAACCCGCCAGCCUCCAGAGCGCAUCGCCAGUGGCACCAUCACCAAGGGCGUGGUCCUGGACGGCACCGAGGCCCUGUGCCUGGCCAUCUCCAGGAACUCCGAGCAGAUGGCCAGCCACAGCGCCGUGCUAGAAGCUGGCAAAAACCUCUACACAUUCUGCGUGAGCUACGUGGACUCCAUUCAGCAAAUGAGGAACAAAUUCGCCUUCCGCGAGGCCAUCAACAAACUGGAGAAUAAUCUCCGGGAGCUUCAGAUCUGCCCGGCAACAGCAGGAAGUGGCCCAGCAGCCACACAGGACUUCAGCAAACUCCUCAGCUCCGUGAAAGAGAUCAGUGACAUUGUACAGAGGUAGCAGAAGCUGGGCGCCAGGCCAGCCGGAGCUGCCUUCCGUGCCCGAGAUGGUGGCUGACACGGGACCAGUGAGCUGGGACCUUGGCCCAGGAACCGAGGGCCACCGUGGAGUACAGCCCUACUACCUAUGUGCACCCACUGUCCUCCAGCACUUUCCUCCUCCUCAGCCGGGCUCCCGGAGCCACGUCUGUCCUGAGUCCUGUCUGUGACGUCCCCGCUUGGGGGACUGCAGCUGGCACACCAGUCCCCUCCCCACAGAGCGCUUCAAGGCUGAGCUCUUCCGGGAAGGCCGGGGCAGCGUUUCCUUUUUGUUUUUCUUUCUGGAGGAUCUCCUCUGGCUGUGCCUCCUUCUCCAUUUUCCCUAAGAACGAGUGCCCUCACCCGGAGCCGUGUCACCCUCACUCACCCGGUGGAGGGAGCCUGUCCCCUCAUCCUCCUCGCGCCUCCUGUACUUCAGACACGUUUCCAGAACAGUAUCCUGGGAAGCUCUGCCCGCUGGUCACUCUGCCCUCCACUGCUGCCGGGGGCUGAUGCCCUCACCAUUCCCUCAUGUGAAGGACAGCUCUUGAUUUGGGGGGGAAAACAGGGUGUUAACAGCAACCAGCCCCUGGCUCCCAGGACGGGUGGGGAAGUGAAGAGGCCCUGCCAUCCAUCCUCGCUGCGUGUCCUCAGAGCCCAGCCCCUUGCUCUCUUGUGACAUGCACUGCUCAUCCUGGAUAGAAAGCUUGAGUCUUAAUGGUAGCAGGGUCGCUGUCCAGCAUGUGGGGCGGGGGAGGCAGGAGGGGGCGCUUGCUGGGUGAACCGCUGGUACCCGGACGGCCUGGCUCUGGGCCCAGGCAGGUCUGCCCUGGGCCCAGGGCUCCCUUACUUUUGAAUUUCCAAGUAUCCUGAAAAGACACUUUGUCUUGAUUUCUGACCGAUUUCUUCCCCCUCCCUUGUGCUCUAAGACAAAGGAGAUUCUUGCAGGGUUCUUUCUUUUGUAACAAGCCAGUCUUCAGUUUUUCUGGAGUUCUUGAAGCAUUUCAAAGCCCUGCCCUCAGCACAGCUGCCUCCGAUACAGACUUUGGGCACCAACACGCUCACAGGAGGAAAAGGGCUGGGAGCACCAAAGCCCCAGCCAGUGUCAGCUGCACCCUCGUGGGCAAACAUCUUCCUGUAUCACCACACCCACCACUUAGCCUAAUGUUUCUGUUGGGGUUACUGGGGAUGAAGAAAACCACAAACAAAGUGAAACCCCAGACAAGAGCAGUCUCCCCUGGGCUGCCCAGGACCAGGCUCGUUGGGCAGGGGCCCAGGCCUCCUUGACCUUGACCUAGAGCAGCUACUGAAGAGUGGCACCUGCCUGGGCCUGACUGCAGGCCCAAAAACAACCCUUGGAGAAACCAGGACAAAACCACCUUCUCGUGACUGUGACCCCACCAGGCCCCGUUUUUUCGCUCAUCACCUAAACCAGUAUUUCUCUGGUAGAGAUGGUUUCCUCUGGACCGUUUUAUGCUGUUCUCACAGCGCAUCACCUCUGCCCCGCCCCAGACUGCUGUGUUACACAGACUGAGGGAGGUGCUAGAACACCACCAGUGGCCUUGCAGACAAAGCAGACACCCCACCUAGGUUCCUCGCCUUCCGUUUCCAUGAGGUACUGGCCUCUCUUUCUUCACAUGAUGUGCCACUAUAUUUUGCAUUUAUACCUUGGUAUUACACUCUGGUAGACUCGCUGUUUUAUAAAUGACGUGUAAAUACUCUUCCACUGUCUCCCCUUCUCGAAUGCCUAUGGUGUCUUUUUUUUUUCUGGUCCAAUACAUUUAGUUUCUGUAUAUGACUGUGUUUUUUGAAUCCACAUCUCUCCUCUAGUAUUUUUUAAAUAAAUGUUUA